UUUCCUUUUCCAGUGGUAAAUGGUCAAGAACCAUGCUGGAAGCAUCUGAACAAGCGAGGCUUUCUCCCGUUUGCUUCCCCGGUCUUUACUGCAGCUUUGCUUCAUUCAUCUUUGGACGUGAAUAGGAAAGCACAGUCAGUGCACAAAAAAAAAAAAAAAAAAGCAAAGGGGGAGCAUUUCUGAAUGCUUACAGGAUGAAUUUCCCUAACAGUACAACAACCUCUCCUCCGCGAGCAAAUAUUGGAAGCUCUCCAACAGGCACAGAUAUUGCAGUCAUUGGAGGUGUCAUUGCAGCUGUGGUCUUAGUCUUGAUUUGCCUCUUGGUGUUGAUGCUGAGAUACAUGUACCGGCACAAGGGCACCUACCAUACCAAUGAAGCAAAGGGAACUGAAUUUGCCGAAAGCGCAGAUGCUGCUCUGAAAAAUGACCCUGCCCUUCAAGAUGCCAUGGAUGAGAACCGUAAAGAAUAUUUCAUCUGAAAGCAAAAGCAGCACCCUUGAGAUACCCCUUUGUUUUUCUCUCCUUCGCAAGGGGCAAUGCAUAAAAAAAGAAAAA